UCGGGCAGUGCUGGGGGUGCCGCGGUGUGUGAGCGAACGACAGCGCUCGUCCGUACGACGGAGAAGAUCCGUACGUACAACGGCAUACGUCGGUACGACACAGUACAUCCGUACAUCGGUACGAAAGUCACCCACCGAGAGGAGCUCAAGAUCCUGCUGCUGACCGUCUGCUUCGGCGGCUGACGAGUGACGUUCAUUGGACGAUUUCAUCUGAUGGUUGCCUGCUGCGUGGACCAGAACUGUCGAACAUCUGCAGGAGCUUCAUCGGUCGGUCAUAUUAUUCAAGAUCAACACUAUCGAUCGUCAUAUCUCAGCACUGCUCAUUGAUAGCAACAGAGUGUGACCGGGUGCCAGAAAAUAUGAGCACCGAUAGGUUUGCCAAAGUCUUGAACCUGCUCUAGCAUUUGGCUGAAAGAUACGGUGAACUCACCAUGCUGGACGAACAGUUGACCACGAUGGCGUCGCUGAGUGCAGCCAACAUCUCGGACGAGUUUGAAUGCGAGAUGUGUGGCGAGAAGUCACCCUGCGCUGUCGAUCCAAGCCUCUACGAGUUCAUCCUCGAGGGCGUCAUCCUGAACGUGGUGAACAUGCUGGGUAUCGUCUGCAACACCAUCUCGAUCUACAUCCUGUCGCGGAAGCAGAUGCGCGCCUCCAUCAACUGCUGCCUGAUCGGGCUGGCCACGUUCGACAUCCUGCUGCUGGUGUGCUCCAUCUUCGUGUGGGGCCUGCCGGCCAUCAGCCAGUACUCGGGCGGCAUGCGCAGCCUCACCAGCCGCAUCAUCCCGCACAUGACGCCCUGGCUCUACCCCCUGGCCACCAUCGCGCACACUGGCAGCACCUACGUCACUGUCACCGUCACCGUCGAGCGCUACGUGGCCGUCUGCCACUCGCUCAAGGCCAGGUACAUCUGCACCUACGGGCGAGCCAGGCUCUACAUGAUCCUCAUCAGCAUAUUCGUCGUAGUGUACAAUGUACCCAAGUUUCUCGAGACUGAGGUGCAGCCCAUCGUCAACAUUCGCGAGAACCGAACUAUCGUGGGGUAUAUCGCGUGUCCUACGCCGCUGCGGAACGAACGCACCUACAUCGAGGUGUACAUCAUGUGGAUGUACUUCAUAGUCAUGUACUGCAUCCCCUUCGGCACGCUGGUGAUCCUCAACAGCCUGAUCUACAGGAACGUUCGGAUUGCCAACCGCAUGCGGCAGCUGCUGAGUCGGCGACAGCAGAAGGAGAUCGGCCUCGCCACGAUGCUGUUCGCCAUCGUCCUGCUCUUCAUGGUGUGCAACAGCCUCUCCUUUGUCAUCAACAUCAUCGAGCUCAUGAACAGCGACUCCAAAAUCAUCGAGGAGGCAGGCAUGGAACGAAUCGCCGACUUCAGCAACCUCCUCAUCAACAUCAACUCGUCGUCCAACUUCGUCAUUUACUGCAUCUUCGGCCAGAAGUUCCGGCGGCUCUUCCUGCGUCUGUUCUGUGAGCGUCUGCUGCGGAGACGCUGCGGAACACUGGGCUGUGCCGAGGACAUGUCGAUGGCGGGCCCCACCGCGGACGCGUCCUCCGUGCCCAUGAAGAGGAUGUACCGUGGCAGCAACGCCACUGAGACAGAGAAUGGCGAGGACCACCGGCUUCUGGUGGCAAGCAGAGGCUCGCACUACUCGCCCGUUUCCAUGACAACGCUCAGUGUCAACCUACCUACCAGUACUACCUCUGUAUCCGGAGUGUGACGCGUCAGUGGCGCCGCCAAAACUGUGGUUGGUAGACCAUUUGGAUGACUUUUUACACCUAUCCAAAUUAGGCUGGUGCUAAGACGCUUAGUGAAAUGUGGCGCUGCUUGCAAAGCAAGUCGCUUGGUUCGUUCGUUCCGAACCCAGCUACUAGCAACUUUACUAAGUGUGAGACAAAGAGCAAAUGUUAUGUUCCUGAUAAAGGAAACAAACAGGAUUGUGUAGUCAAUGAAAUUAAUCGGCUUCCUAUAAUAGGAUACCGCUAAAUAUGUAGGUACACCACAGAUGGCAGCUCUGCUGACGGCCAACAUUAUCAUUGGCAUGCUGGUUGGUGCAUUUCUAUUGCGCCGCUACACGCUACCCUACUUUCAUGGUUGGACAAUCAUUUUCACAUAACAUCAUCAGGAUAACAGAUAGGAUAACAGAUAAAGAUGAAUGCCCGGUGCCCACCCAGUGCGGCCAAAUUUCCACUGUUGUGCCGAUGCGCGUGCUCAUGCUCUCACGCUGAAGCUGGUCGGUGGGGAGUUUGGACGCGACUGCGACAGAACGACAGUGCUCCCGUGGGUAUUACGACGUGCUGCUACGCGCCGCAAUACCUCAGGAGCCUCUCCCGUGAGCAGUUAUUCUGUUUUCCACCAGCUGUGUGCGGGAUUGGAUCCUGACUGAAGUCGCCGGAAAUUGCCGUGCGAAUGUGCUAACCUCGCUAAAUGUGUCAAUGAAAGUGUUGCCCGGAUUGUGCGGAGACUUCUUGAGCCAGGUGUGUCAGAGUACCCCAGAGUUUGGCGUCGCCGGAAGAUAUGAGCUUGUUUUGCUAAUUUCAGCGCCGAACCUCAGUCCAAUGUCUUCAAAAGUGGUAUGUGUAAAUCAUCACUUGAUGCGCGCUAUUGAGUUGGCUGGGCCUACCUAGUGUUUUCAAAUGUGUUGCUUAUAUCUUGCCGUUGUUUCGGAAACGCCAGUGACAUCAUGUUCAUAAUACCAAUUUGUUGAUUGUCCAGGAGGCGAAGCAGACAUUCAAAGCGAUGACGACGAGACUUGUGUGAUGUCUCCAGGUUCGUUUUCAGACUAUGAUGUAUCAGUGUUUUCGUUGUGUGUUCCCAACUGGAGGGGAACCGAUCGAGACAACGAGACCUCUUGAGCUCAAGGGGAGAGUGCUCAAGAGGUCCGCAGUCGCAGAUCGGGCUGAGACGGUUAUUGAAGACGCCUCGACACCCUCAGGCGGCGGUGUGUGCUUCGCUCGGAGAGCGAUUUGAAGGGCAUUCGAUCCGCCUCCUGAACAGGGUGUUAUUUCGGGGGAGCGCAAAGUCUCGCGAUUCUGUGCUCCGAGGGACGGCAUAGAGAUGGAAGGGAAAGCUCGCUUUCAUCGCAAUGAUACGGCAUCGCGAGACUGGUACUUUUCUGUGAAGGAAUGGUCAGACCUGAAUGUUAGUGUGCUGGAUCAGAAUAUUUGUGUACGUUCAAUGUGAGCACCACGUUCAUCAUUUGCCGCUGAUGACGGCUGUUGCCGCUGAUGACGCUGUUACAACUAAGUAGGUGGCGUCCACAACUCGAAUCGUGAAUGGUUUUCGAAAAGCAGAGCUGUAUCUCUCGGUCUCACACUGUUGGAUUGCUGAAAGCGUGUCGUGGUGCAGAUAAUUCAUUAUCACUCGGAGACACACCGAGCGUUUUGCUCUCUCGCAUCGAUGACAAAUGAAGUCUCAUUUCGGCCUUGUGAAACAUAACUGGGAAAUGUUGAGAGCGUUCCAAAUGUUUUUAUUUGCCGUCAUGUUUUAUGUGAUUCAGCCGUGUAGCUAAUCGUUAGUCAGUGUCCUUCAUGUCAGAUGUGUAAUUUUAAUGCACUUGGGCCAUUUUGUAUGACAUUUUCUCUUCAGGGCGCUCAUAUCGGGAUCAUCAUAAUUUUCUGAACAGUUUUCCAACAUUCAUUGUCUUCAUAUUAGCCACAUUAGCUUGACUUGCACUACAAAGAACGUCCACGUAUCCUAUGCUCGAGUUGUAACUACCUAAACGUCACAUCUUACCCUUAGUCAGCGUGAUUCCCUUAGUGGACUGGUCCGUAUGCGUCAGGCACUGGUCAUUCUUGAUGAUCAUAACCCGUCUCACAUUGUGUCCACUGUCCACAUCGUGUCUUCUGGCUGUGCGCUCUCCUCUGCACUUACAUCCUUAUGGGCCUGACCGAAUAAAGUGCACUGUUAGACGUGCAAAAGCG